AUGUCUCUGAAUGGAGUUCCACAAGAGGGGUAUUUGGGGUCAUAUGUCCCAGAACAAGACAAAAAAAUACAAAGCAUCUGGCAGAGAAUGACAAUUAAAGAGGGGUUCCAAAUACAUUUGACAAAAACUCGCUAUCCGUUGACGAACCUACCUUUUAGACUGUUAAAAGACAACCAAAGGAAAGUGGGCAUGAUCGCUGCCAAAUUUAUUCAGCCUGGCAUUGUCAAGAAUUUACCAGAACAAAAUGUCAAUUAUUUUCCAAACAUGUUCAUUAUUCAUGGCACAACACAACACAACACAACAAAGCACUACACAGCACUACACAGCACUACACAGCACUACACAGCACUACACAGCACUACACAGCACUACACAGCACUACACAGCACUACACAGCACUACACAGCACUACAUAGCACAGCACUACAUAGCACAGCACUACACAGCACUACACAGCACUACAUAGCACAUCACUGCACAGCACUACACAACACUACAUAG